AUGACAGCCAACCCAUUAAACACUGCACUGCUUUGCCUUCUUUGUGAAGACUUUCAAGGUAUUUUACCUGAAAGUAGAACUCAGUUGUACGUGGAAGUAGUACAAUGUGUUCUUAUCAGAUACAGGAAAAAGAAAGGUCUUCCAGUCGAAAGUGAUCAGGAUUUGAUUGAAAUCUACAAAGAUCAGUUGAAACGUUUUGGUUUGAUAGCCUUAAACGGCCUGUAUGAAGACAACAUGUACUUUGAGGACAAAAAGCUUUCAAAGAAAGAUGCCGACCUACCUGGAUUUGGGUUUCUGUCAGCUCAACCCGGAAGCAGCAAACGAAGACCGUGUAUGUGCUACGGCUUUACGCAUAAGAGUUUCCAAGAAUUCUUCGCGGGACAUUAUUAGAAUGUUUACCUGUUGCACUUGAGUGCAUUAAAGAAUGCAAAAUUGAAAACUGUUAUUUUCAUAUAGACUUGGCACGUACAUUUGGCGCAUCUCUGGAAGUUCAACAGGCUCAGGCGCGGAAUCGCAGAGUUACAGAUGAAACUGCUGUUGCUGUUCUUGCUGCCGUGCUAGAAGCAAACACAACUCUGACAAAUUUGGAUCUCCAGGGCAAUAACAUUGGUCCUGCCGGUGCUGAGUCACUUGCUACAGCACUUAAAACAAACACAGCUCUGACAAAUUUGGAUCUCCAGGGCAAUAACAUUGGUCCUGCCGGUGCUGAGUCACUUGCUACAGCGCUUAAAACAAACACAACUCUGACAAAUUUGGAUCUGUCUUAUAGCAAUAACAUUGGUCCUGCUGGUGCUGAGUCACUUGCUACAGCACUUAAAACAAACACAACUCUGACAAAUUUGGCUCUGUCUAGCAAUAACAUUGAUCCUGCUGGCGCUGAGUCACUUGCUACAGCAUUUAAAACAAAUACUGCUCUGACAAAUUUGGAUCUGUCUUAUGGCAAUAACAUUGGUCCUGCCGGUGCUGAGUCACUUGCUACAGCGCUUAAGACAAACACAACUCUGACAAAUUUGGAUCUGUCUUAUGGCAAUAACAUUGGUCCGGCCGGUGCUGAGUCACUUGCUACAGCGCUUAAAACAAACACA